AGUGAGAUAGAGAAAGGGAGAGAGAGAGAUAAUGCCUUCUGAAUGCAUGAUGAAUUUAGUCAUCAGGCUUAGGCUGACUGGGGGCCGAUCGUAGCUGUGCAGUGCGCAGAGCGAGCGAGCGAACGAGCGUGUGUGUGAGUGAGUGUGUGCGAGACCUUGCUCACAGGCACUCCAUCAUCAGCACUCACUCUCCUUAUCCUCCUCCUGAAGAGAGAAAGAGAGAAUCACGCAACAAGCCAGGGAGAAGAAGUGGAGAAGAGAAGAAAACCUGCAGAGGCAAAGACUCUCUCCUCUCUGCACUGCUCUUUUGCUGAGCGUGAGAGGGAAGGAAAUAGGGAGAGAGAGGGAGGCAGUGAACUGCAGAAAUAGGGAGAGAGAGGGAGGCAGUGAGCUGCAGAAAUAAAACAGUGCUUCUUGUCGUUCGUGCUGCUUUCCCUGCUGUGGCUCCAGCCCACAGAGCUCUGGUUAUCAGCCAGCGAGGAGCGGUGUGCUAGAGCAGUAUCUCUCUCUCUCCACAGACAGCAGCCUGAGGAAGAGAGGAUGCUAAACAACAUGACAGACACCGAGGAGGGAGAGGGGGGACCCAACAGCCAGGGUGAUGGGAACCCCAAGGAGAGCAGUCCCUUCAUCAACAGCAGCAGUGCCAGUGAUGUGGAGAAGAGCCAGCAGUAUGAUGGCAAGAACAUGGCCCUGUUUGAGGAGGAGAUGGACAACAGUCCCAUGGUUUCGUCCAUACUUAGCAGUCUGGCCAACUACUCCAACCUGCCUCAGGGCAGCAAAGAGCACGAGGAGGCCGAGAACGAGGAGGGGGCGGCGCCAUCCAAAAAAAAACCUGCUGUCAAGGCACCAUCGCUGGGCACUCUGAUGGGGGUGUACCUGCCCUGCAUCCAGAAUAUCUUUGGUGUGAUCCUGUUCCUGCGGAUGACCUGGAUGGUGGGCAUCGGAGGGGUCUUUGGCUCCUUCAUCAUCGUCUUCAUGUGCUGCUCCACGACCAUGCUGACAGCGAUCUCCAUGAGUGCCAUCGCAACGAAUGGAGUGGUGCCAGCCGGAGGCUCCUACUACAUGAUCUCCCGUUCCCUGGGGCCUGAGUUUGGCGGAGCUGUCGGAAUCUGCUUCUAUCUGGGGACUACUUUUGCGGGUGCCAUGUACAUCCUUGGUGCCAUCGAACUUCUGCUGGUUUACAUCCUUCCCCAGGCGGCCAUUUUUAAGAUGGAGGGGCUAGAAGGGGCUGAUAUGGAGGCAGCGAUGCUGAACAACAUGCGCGUGUACGGCACCAUUGUGCUCAGUUUCAUGGCCACGGUGGUGUUUGUGGGGGUCAAAUAUGUCAACAAGCUGGCUCUAGUCUUCCUGGCGUGUGUCAUUCUGUCCAUCCUGGCUGUUUACGCUGGGGUCAUCAAGACGGCCUUUGAACCCCCUGUUUUCCCCGUGUGUAUCCUGGGGAACCGCACUCUGAUCUCCAAGGGAUUUGACGUGUGUGCCAAGGUCAUUGAGAGGGACAACGGCACGGUCACCACCAAGCUGUGGAAGAUUUUCUGCGACUCUGAGUUCCUCAACGCUACCUGUGAUGAGUACUUUGCCAACAACAAUGUUUCUGAGAUCCAGGGCAUCCCAGGGGUCAGUAGUGGCAUACUGGCUGAGAACCUGUUUGGUUACUACCUGGAGAAGGGAGACUUCUUGGAGAAGCGGGGGAUCUCAGCCAUGCAGGACCCUGACGCUCCCAUCACCAACUCCAACCGUUACGUCCUGGCUGACAUCACCAGCUUCUUCACCCUGCUGGUGGGGAUCUACUUCCCCUCUGUCACAGGCAUCAUGGCUGGCUCUAACCGCUCUGGAGACCUGCGCGAUGCCCAGAAGUCCAUCCCCAUAGGCACCAUAGCAGCCAUUACCACUACUUCUAUAGUGUACAUGUCUGCCGUGGUCCUGUUUGGGGCCUGUAUUGAAGGGGUGGUCCUGAGGGACAAGUUUGGUGAGGGGGUGGAUGGUAACCUUGUGAUUGGUACCCUGGCGUGGCCUUCACCAUGGGUGAUUGUGAUUGGUUCCUUCUUCUCCACCUGUGGGGCGGGGCUUCAGAGUUUGACUGGCGCGCCACGCCUCCUGCAGGCCAUCUCCCGCGAUGGCGUCAUCCCUUUCCUUAAAGUGUUUGGGCAUGGCAAGGCCAACGGGGAGCCUACCUGGGCCCUGCUCCUCACAGCCAGUAUCUGUGAGAUCGGCAUCAUCAUCGCCUCUCUGGACGCUGUUGCCCCCAUCCUCUCCAUGUUCUUCUUGAUGUGCUACAUGUUUGUCAACCUGGCCUGUGCCCUGCAGACUCUGCUGAGAACCCCCAACUGGAGGCCUCGCUUCAAGUUCUACCACUGGGCUCUCUCCUUCCUGGGCAUGAGCUUGUGUCUGUCACUCAUGUUCAUCUGUUCCUGGUACUACGCCAUUGUUGCCAUGGUGAUCGCUACCUGCAUCUACAAAUACAUUGAGUUCGCUGGGGCGGAGAAGGAGUGGGGAGAUGGUAUACGUGGCAUCUCACUCAGCGCUGCUCGCUUCGCCCUCAUGAGACUGGAGGAGGGACCGCCUCACACCAAGAACUGGAGGCCUCAGAUUAUGGUUCUGGUGAGUGUGGAUUCAGAACAGAAUGUGGAGCAGCCCCGUCUGCUGUCCCUGACCAAUCAGCUGAAAGCAGGAAAAGGCCUAACCAUCGUGGGUACCUCAGUGGUGGGCACCUUCCUCAACAACCAUGCAGAGGCCCAGAAGGCAGACCAGUCUCUGAGGAAGCUGAUGGAGACAGAGAAGGUGAAGGGUUUCUCCCAGGUGGUGAUCUCCUCCAACCUGAGGGAUGGAACCUCCCACCUGAUCCAGGUCGGGGGGCUGGGAGGCCUGAAGCACAACACUGUGCUGGUCAGCUGGCCACGCACCUGGAAACAGGCAGAGGACAACCUGCGCUUCAGGAACUUCAUCGAGGUGGUUAGGGAGACGACUGCAGCCAGCAUGGCUCUGUUGGUCCCUAAGAACAUCGCUGCCUACCCGUCAAACGGAGAGCGCUUCACUGAAGGCCACAUUGAUGUGUGGUGGAUCGUCCAUGAUGGAGGCAUGCUGAUGCUGCUGCCCUUCCUUCUCUGCCAGCACAAGGUUUGGAGGAAGUGUAAGAUGCGUAUCUUCACCGUGGCCCAAAUGGACGACAACAGCAUCCAGAUGAAGAAAGACCUGAUCACCUUCCUGUAUCACCUGCGUAUCGAUGCCGAGGUCGAGGUGGUGGAAAUGCAUGACAGUGACAUCUCAGCCUAUACAUAUGAGAAGACCCUGGUGAUGGAGCAGCGCUCCCAGAUCCUCAAACAGAUGCACCUCACCAAAAACGAGAUGGAGAGAGAGAUCCAGAGCAUCACUGAUUCAUCCCGUGGUUCUAUCCGUCGUAAGAACCCGUCUAACCUGCAGUCUCAGCAGAGCAGUGAGGAGCCGGCAGGAGUCAGCAUGGAAGAGAAACCAGAGGAAGAGUCUGUGGCUGUCUCCCGCCCUAAACAGGUGCAGCUGAUCCACAAUAAGAAUGCUACCCCCACGUCCCCCACUACACCCGCAGGGAGCGCUGCCACCCCCGGGUCGGAGGUGCAGAUGACCUGGACAGACAAGGCUGAGACCCAGGCCACAGCAUGUCACCCAGAGCAGGGUGGGGUCAAAGACAUCUUCAACAUGAAGCCGGAGUGGGAGAGCCUGAACCAGUCCAACGUGAGGCGCAUGCACACAGCACUGAGGCUCAAUGAGGUCAUCAUGAAGAAGUCCAAGGAGGCCAAGCUGGUGCUGCUUAACAUGCCUGGACCACCCAAGAACCAGAACAAUGAGACCAAACCCAUGGACAACGCACUGUACCGAGAUUACCCAUACUUUGCUGACAUUCAGGUGAUGAUAUUCAUUGGAUUCGGCUGCCUUCUGGCCUUCUUCCGUCUCUACGGCUUCAGUGGGAUGGUAUUCAACUUCCUGACGGCCACCUUCGCCAUCCAGUGGGCCAUCCUGGUACAGGGCUACUUCCAGUUCAGCCAUGCUGGGAAGAUCCACCUGGGGGUUAUCAACCUGAUCAAUGCUGAGUUUGCCUGUGCCGUGGUGCUCAUUUCCUUCGGGGCCGUCCUGGGAAAGACCAGCCCAGUGCAGCUCCUAGUCAUGGCCCUGCUGGAGGUCCCAGUGUUCUCAGUCAAUGAAUGGGCCGUGAUCAAGUAUCUGAGGAUCAAUGAUGCAGGGGGAUCCAUCCUCAUCCACCUGUUUGCCUGCUAUUUCGGCCUGGGUGUAACAUUUGUCCUGUACAGGCCACGUCUGAACGAGGGUCACGCCAAGGAGAACACCAGCUACCAGUCAGACAUCCUGUCAGUUAUGGGAACCCUGUUCCUCUGGGUGUUCUGGCCCUCCUUUAACUCUGCUCUAACCCUGAAGGGAGACGACCAGCACAGGGCCAUCCUGCACACCUUCAUAGGCCUCAGCUCCUCCACCCUCACCGCCUUCGCUCUCUCCGCCAUGCUCAACAAGAACGGCAAGAUCACAAUGGCCGACAUCCAGAAUGUGACCCUGGCGGGCGGGGUGACAGUGGGGGCGUCGGUGGAUAUGAUGAUCUCCCCCGCGGCUGCGUACGCACUGGGUGUGAUGGGCUGCACCGCCUGCAUGCUGGGAUACAAAUACCUCAGCCCCUUCCUGGCCCGCCACCUCCGGAUCCAGGACCAGUGUGGUAUCCACAACCUGCAUGGCCUCACAGGACUCAUAUCCUGUGCCGCAGGGUUAUGUGCCAUCCUGACAGCCACUGAAGAGGUGUAUGGACCCAGUAUGUAUGAGAUCUUUAGCCACAGGGCACCUAUGGAAGGAGAUCCUAAGCUUCUGGAGCUCCGGGAGUUGAUCCCUGGUCUGCAGCCAGGUCUGGGGCGCAGUGCCAGGGAACAGGCCCUCUACCAGGUGGCAGCUGUGUUCUCCACUAUGGGAGUGGCAGCACUAGGGGGCGUAUUGACAGGCUUUGUGUUGAAGCUGCCGUAUCUUGCAUCACCCUCAGAUGACCUCUGCUUUGAUGAUGAGCUGUUUUUCAACGUUCCGCCCGACUAUGAUUGUUCGAUGGCCCUAAACGGUCAAAUCAAAACUGAGGAUUCGACAGCCGCAUAGGGUGCUAGCUUUGCAUUUAAUUGUAUAAAUAAGUUUAAUGCUGAAUGACGGUAAAAAAAAUUAAUUGAUUCGAUAAUAAUGCAGUUUAACAAUAGAAUAAAUCCUCAUUCAUGGUUAA